GUUUGGUCACGUGACUGUCAUUUCCGUAUCACAGAAUGGUAACUGAACUAUGACACCACAUGAGAAAACUACUGAUAUGUUGACAGGGCCAUGAGCAAUUGGUUAACACAGCAAGUUGGUGAUUCAAAAUGAAGCCAUCCUCCUGUGACACCUUUGUGGCGCUGCCCCCUUCUACUGAGGGUCAACGCAUCAUCUUUGGGAAAAACUCAGACAGGCCUUGUGAUGAAGUCCAGGAGGUGGUGUAUUUUCCUGCCACAGACUAUGAGGCUGGGGCGAAGGUGGAGUGUACAUACAUAGAGAUUGAACAGGCCACCCACACAUAUGCAGUUGUGUUGAGCAAACCAGCAUGGCUGUGGGGUGCAGAAAUGGGUGCAAAUGAACAUCAAGUGUGCAUUGGAAAUGAAGCAGUGUGGGGCAGAGAGAGUGCCAAUGAUGAUGAAGCUCUUCUAGGCAUGGAUUUGGUCAGACUUGGACUUGAGAGAGGUGAUACUGCUGAGAAAGCUGUAGAUAUGAUUACCGAGCUGCUGGAGAAAUAUGGCCAAGGAGGAUCCUGCAUGGAGGAUGAGUCAGGCUUCACCUACCAUAACAGCUUCCUCAUUUCAGACAGGAAGGAGGCAUGGCUGCUGGAAACAUCAGGGAAGUACUGGGCAGCAGAGAGAGUGGAAGCUGGACAUCGUAACAUCUCAAACGAGUACGAUAUAACGACCAAGAUCGACAAGGAACAUCCAGAAAUGAGGGAAUAUGCGAAAAACAAAGGCUGGUGGGAUGGAAAGACUCCGUUCAACUUCUCCAGAGUGUACGCCUUUGCAUCGACCGGCCGAAUAGAAGCGUCUGGGGGACGAUAUUGUGAAGGGAAGAAGAUGCUUGCAAAGAGCAAUGGUCAUAUCACUGCUGAGACAAUGAUGGAUAUCCUGAGGGAUAAAGAAAGUGACAUUAACAUGGAGGGAAUGUUCACGACAACAGGGAGUAUGGUGUCAGUGAUACCUACUGAUCCUGCUCUACCUGGUGUUCACUAUUUCACAGCAACCCCAGACCCUGAGAGGUCCAUUUUCAAACCUUUCAUCUUUGUGAAUAACAUUGAUGAGCUGAAGGAGACCACUUCUCCCAGUUAUGGGUCAGAUGACCCAGUAAAGAAGAAACCUCGCUUCCAGAGCAAACCAAACCGCAAACAUGAGUUAUUUGUCAAACAUGAACUGGUGGCUGCCAUCAUUGACUCCUACAAGGACAAAGGAAAGAAGAUAACAGACAGUAUGAGGAAGGUAGAGAGAGAAAAAAUGACACAAAUGGAGGAAAUCCUUUCACAUGGUGUCAAGGAAACGGACUCUCUGGUGCAUCUGUUCCCAGGAUCUGUGAAGGAGGAGUUGGCUGUGUACAGCAAACAUUAGAGACCUACUAAGUGUUAAAAACACAAACUGUAGCAGUAUAUUCCCCUCUGGUUUACCCAAAGAUAAUGAAAUGAGUACAAUAAAAAUAAGUCUUUUUUUCAAUCA